UAAUUCUCCCAGUUGCUGUCGACCGUUCAUCUACUGUGUAUUGUUUAGAUUUUCAGUCCGUCCUUUGUGAUAUUUUUAAUUUUUGUGGCACAUUUUUGGCGAGAAGAUGUAUGUGAUAGAAAAACUACAGCAGAAAUAUCAUUUUAAAUGGAUGUUCGAAAAGUUCCUAGAAUAUCGAAAUACUUCACAGUAUUGCGAUGUUGUUAUUAGUGUUCGUGGUGUGAAUUUUGAAGCUCAUAGACUGGUACUCUGUUGCAGUAGUCCAUACUUUAGGAUACUGCUUGAAGGUCGACCUAUGCCCGAGAAUAUCGAGGAGCAGCCUUUUGAAUUAUAUCAACUUAAACCUCAGGCUUUCGAGGAAAUUCUUCAAUUUAUGUACACUGGAGCUGUAGAGAUCAAUAAGGAUAAUGUGAUAGAAAUUUAUAAAGCUAGCUAUUUCUUACAAGUGGAUUGGUUGAGCGAUGUCUGCCUCAGAUUCAUGAGAGCACACAUAGACAAGGAGAACUGUAUACCCCUCUGGAAAUUAGCAGGAUUGUACUCUCUAUCCAGACUCCGUACUAGCACUUGUAAAUAUGCUAGCGUUUUCUUGGAGGAUAUCAUGGAAAUAAAUGAGUAUCUUGAAUUGGGGAUCACAGAUAUAAAACUUCUUCUCGUCAGCACUGAAGUAAGUCCCCGACUCCGCGAAAAGGUUACUUCAGCCAUCAUGCGAUGGAUACAACACGAUGAAGAUGCACGAAAGAUAUAUGAGAAUGAACUUCUCACAUUAGCCAGCACCACGAACACACCACGAGUUCAGCGUAACUCAAAUACAAUGGGAUCAAGACGAGAACAUCAUGAAUCAAGACGGCAUGGUAAUAGACUUCCCAGGCUAUCAAUAUCCGAAUGUUUAAGAAUUUGCAGAGAACGGAACAUCUUCCCAUUGCUACCACAUUGGCAGCCUCACGGAGCAUAUUACUAUUCUACCAUGCCGGGAUACCAUUCGGUUCAUCCCUUUGUAUUUGGAAGUCAAGAGCAUUUCGGUAGACGACAGCCUAUCUGGGCAAAUAUGUUUCCCUCUUUGGGACCUGGGUAUGCAAUAGUUUCAUUCAACCAUCAGCUAUAUUAUUUUCAUGGUUGGCAACUAGCAAUCUACAAUGCUGCGACUAACUCCUGGGAAGCAUGUGCUAGAAUCGAUCUCAGAUAAAUAAAGGGAAGUUUUGGAGAGUACUGUUUUUUUCAGUACCGAAUUUUAAUAACAUUUGACUACAAAUUAACAUUUAAAUUCAAAAUAUUUACUGGCAUGAUUUAUGUUUGUGUCUGAAACAAAUAAAGUUGAUCGUUUUUUUCAACUGAGCAAUAAAGUAUUUGAGUAAA